CUAAACCUGCUACCACCUCCGUUGUCACCACCACUAUGGUGAUCUGCCUGAAUGGAGGAUCCUGGACAGGGAAGGUCUGCCUUUGCCCCAACGGCUUCUCGGGGGAUCGCUGUCAGAAUCCCGUUCCGAUUGUCAGCUGUCAGAAUGGAGGGACGUGGGACGGCCUCAAAUGUCAGUGCACCAGCCUCUUCAACGGACCCCGGUGUGAGGAGGUAGUGGAGAGCAUCGAGAUAGACAGUCCCACAGUCUCUGCCACCGUGGAAGUGACUGUCAGAGUGACCAGCCAAAACUUCAGUAAAGAGCUAAAUGACCAGGAAUCCGAUGAAUUCAAGAAGUUCAAUGAGACAUUCUCAGAACAGAUGGCGAUAAUUUAUGCUGGAAUUCCUGAGUAUGCCGGGGUUUUCAUCAAAGGGCUGAAGAACGGCAGUAUCAUUGUGGAUUAUGAUGUCAUCCUGAAGGCCCAGUACACCUUAAACUAUACCAACAUGUUUCAGGAAAUCAAAAAUGAUGUGCAGAAAAAAAUCAUAAAUGCAACCCAGGUUCAAGUAAGCGGUGCUGAUAAUAACUGUACAGGGUUUAUACUGUGUUUUAACGCACAAGACACUAAAGUGCAAGACAUUAACAUUUCAGAUGUCGUCACUCCUCAAGAGGAAUGCUGGGAGCAGGUUGAGGAAGAGUAUAAGCAGUAUGUCUUCGCGGAACAAAAGGACGAAAAGUGGAAGUGUGUCACGGCCUGCUCAACAGGGUACAAAUCCUCCUUGGACUGCCACUAUGGCAAAUGCCAGCUGCAGCGGAGUGGCCCCCAGUGUCUCUGCCUGACCACUGACACUCACUGGUACAGCGGAGAGACUUGCGACUGGGGCAUCCAGAAAAGCCUGGUCUACGGGCUCGUGGGAGCCGGGGUGGCCGUGCUGCUGGUGGUCCUCGUUAUCCUGGCCGUGUUCUCCUUCCGCUACAGAAGAGAGGCGCAGAGGCAAAGUUCCAGAGUGACUCAGAUGCGAAAGUGGAAUGAGGAGGAAGGCAGAACUCCUGGCGCCUUCAACAACAUGGGUUUUGACCACAACGAAGAACGAGAAGACUACAUCAACUUGGGCUCUGUGUACAGCAACUUUGAUGCCUUGCGUAAUAUAAACCCUGACGAAAAGAUCCAGAUCCAGAGGCCCCAGGUCGUCAUGACGUCACUGUAAACACGCACAGAAGCGGGUUCGCAUGGAACCAUGGAGCUGAGGACUGAGGAGAGCCGCACCGGGUCAAGCAUGUCGGAACACGUCCUCCACUGAGAAUUCCCCACGGGGACUUGUUGGGCAAUAGACCCUGUAGUUAGAAAGAGUGAACACCGGAGAGACGCAUGCUGGAAGCUCCAACAGUGUGGAAACUACAGCGGAACUACAGCCAGAACUACAGCCGGUGCCUCCCAGACAGGCGGUGCCUCCCAGAACACCUAAGUCCGAUUCAGCACCAAGGACAGUGCCCCGGGUGCCCUUUCCUGCGAUGAUUGAGUAGACACUGGACUGAAUUUUACCAUUUUCAAACACUCUUCUGAGAAAGAUGGCAUUCCGUUUCCAUCUGUCUUUACAAGGUCAUGCUUAGCUUUAAGUUUCUUUCUAAGAUCGGGUAAAAUUAAGGCUUUUUGGUGAAUUCUAAUUUUUCCUAUGUAAAUAAAAUUAUAUAAUUUUUUAAGAUU